UAUCUUCCUCUCCAAAGUCCUAACAACAAAAAACCUCGCCGACUCUCUCUCUCUCUCUCUCUCUCUCUCUCUCUCUCUCUCUAUCUGUAUUAUGGUAUGAUGACAUGUUGUUGAAGAAUCCGAGAGCGAGAGAGAGAAAUGGCAAUGGCUGGCUUCGGAUUCGUCUGCAAAAGCAACUCCUACUCCUUCCCUUUCCGCCCUUCUCUCUUCUACUGCGUUCGCAAGGUUCGUCGCAGCAGCUCUGCAACUGCGGUCGAGCCGCAGGUUCUUACCAAAGAGGACCGUCCAGAUCCCACCACUUCUUAUCGGAAAGCGACUGAUGAUGUCAACGCGAUGGAGUGGAAGAAGCUGAGUUCUAAAGAACUCGGGAUCACGACAUCGAUGAUUGCAAAGCCGACAAGAUUAGUUCUCAAUGGACUUAGGAAAAAAGGAUAUGACGUUUACCUUGUUGGAGGCUGUGUGCGGGAUCUCAUUUUGAAACGAACUCCAAAAGACUUUGACAUUAUAACUUCAGCCGAGCUCCAAGAGGUAGUGAGAACAUUUUCAAGAUGUGAAAUAGUUGGAAGGCGGUUUCCCAUCUGCCAUGUGCACGUCAAUGACUCCAUCGUGGAGGUUUCAAGUUUUAGCACCUCUGGAAGAAAGUCUAGCAGGGACUUGACUUAUUUCUUUAGAAGACCUGGCUGCAAUGAGCAUGACUAUAAUCGUUGGAGAAAUUGUUUGGGACGGGACUUCACAAUUAACGGGUUGAUGUUCGAUCCAUAUGCAAAUCUUGUGUACGACUACAUGGGAGGCAUGGAAGAUAUUAAAAAAGCUAAAGUUCGGACUGUAAUACCUGCAUAUACAUCUUUCCAAGAGGAUUGUGCUCGCAUUUUACGUGCGGUCAGAAUCGCAGCUCGUUUAGGCUUUCGCUUUGCGAGAGAAACAGCUCAUUCUGUGAAGUACUUAUCUUGUUCAGUACUAAAACUUGAUAAGGGAAGGCUUCUGAUGGAAAUGAAUUAUAUGCUGGCAUAUGGGUCUGCGGAAGCUUCUUUGAGGUUACUAUGGAAAUUUGGUCUCUUGGAGAUUCUUCUACCCAUCCAAGCAGCAUAUUUUGUUUCACAAGGUUUUCGGAGGCGUGAUAAGCGAUCUAACAUGCUCCUGACUUUGUUUUCUAACUUGGAUGGACUUCUUGCACCUGACAGGCCAUGCCACAGUAGCCUGUGGGUUGGAAUACUAGCAUUCCACCAAGCACUGGUGGACCAACCUCGAGAUCCUUUGGUGGUUGCUACAUUCACACUCGCUGUCAAUAAUGGGGGAGAUUUGUUAGAAGCAGUAAACAUAGCGAGGAGGAUCACCCAACUGCAUGAUAGCAGUUUUGGGGAACUGCUAGAAACUCAGGAAGUAGAGACAGAUGGGGAAUUGAUGGAUGAGGUGUUAGAUCUUGCAUCAUCAGUUAAAUCUACAUUGAGCAUGAUGACGGAUGAGUAUUUUAUCUCGCAGGCGAUGGCUAAAUACCCUCAAGCCCCGUAUUCGGAUCUGGUGUUUAUACCAUUGGCAUUGUAUUUGAAGGUAUUGAAGAUGUUCGAAUGUGUAGGAAGGAGCGGCAAGGAGAAUGGUUUUUCCUCUAAAAGAGGGAGGAAGAUAAAUUAUCAGUGUUUAGCCCAAGGUGAGCUGCAAGAGGUUCGACAUACAUUUGCGAGGGUGGUUUUUGACACGGUUUACCCUCCAAAUCAAGAUCAUCAUCCUACUACAUGAAGCUUGAAAAACCAAAGAGAAACAGGAGGAGAAAAAAAUGGUAUUGAAAGAGGGAAAUAAUGAGAAUUGAUAUGCCCAUCUUUUAUGAUCUCAAUUCUGCGGUAUGUUCAUUUUGAAAUUCCUUCGGCAAUGAAAGAAUGUUGUUUUCUAACUUUCGUUGUUGUGUUGGUGAGAUGUGGUUUCUACCAUAGCGAUGAAUCUCAUUCCUGGCAAUUUCUCAGCCUGGAAAUCUCUCGGGAGAUAAUUAAAAUUUGAGGUUUUUCUUGGGAUUUUAUCAGCAAAAUCUCAUUGAAAAUAGAAGUAUUUAGUGUAGAGUAAUAAAUAUAUUUAAAAAUUAAAUACAUGUCUGUAACAAAUUA